AUCUGCACGUAAUAUUUUUACAAUAUUAAACAGACCUUACUAAUAUGAUUAUUACAGACCUUACCAGUAUUUACGCCGAUAGAAAUGUUUUAAUAAUUAUUUUUAUGCCAGGAAUCUUAGCAAUAGCCAUUUCAUUUUGAAAUAAAGUUUCCGUCAAAAGUAUCUGACACCAACCAAAGUAAAUAAACAAGAUUUGAAGGUGAACUUUUCAUGGUUUCUAUUUCAACGUAAUUUACUUCAAUUUUUAAGAUGGUGUUUGAUUACUUUGAAAAAUAUACAUUUUUGUGCGAAAUGUAUGACGAAGAUGCAGAUGCUGUUAUGGAAUUGGUCUUGAAUUUUUUUCCUUUCGAUAAUUCCGUUCAAGUAAUAAAUGCAAAAAAAGGAAAAAAUCUUUUGAAACGAGUUCAACUUCCAACCCUUAGGUUAGAGAUGCUACAAAUCGGAAAUAUCGUUAAUAUAUUUUCAAAACUACUACUUAUAACGGACUGCGCUCCGGCCACUCGGAUAAAGUUGUUUAAUAAUGUUCAGAGUACUUUCGCAAUCAUUAAACCUGUAUCCCCCAGUUUACAUGGAAAAAUAAUAACAUACAUAAUGAAAAAAGGCUUCCGCAUUGUCCGAAUGAAAAACGGCAAAAUGAGCAAAGAUUUUGCUAUGGAUCUAUAUCGAUCAAUUGCCGGAAAUAGCAUGCUUCCUAUUAUAAUUGACUACGUUACGAGUGGUGAGGUAAUAGGGUUGGAGCUGGUCGGCCCGGACGCAAUUGCAGAGUGGCGGCGAUGUUUGGGCGCCACCGACCCCGCUGACGCAGCGCCUGGCACUCUCCGAGCGUUGUAUGGUGAAAACAAGCUCAGAAACGUAGCACAUGGUUGUAAUUCGAUAGAGGAUGCUACUAAGAUGCUAGAAUUAUUCUUUGGAUACGAGAAAGGACUGCCGCGAAUUCCAUUUCGCGCAACAUUCAAGAACUGCACUUGCUGUGUUAUCAAACCCCAUGCGAUUAUAGAUGGAAAUGUUGGCGCUAUUUUUGAACAGAUCUCGAUCUCUGGGAAAUUUUAUAUAUCGGCCACAGCAAUGUUCUCUGUGAAACUUGCUAAUGCUGAAGAGUUUUAUGAAGUGUAUAAAGGAGUGUUACCUGAAUAUGAGGCUAUGUGCAUACAUCUGGCUGAAGGAAAAUGUAUAGCAUUAGAAGUUAAAUGUACUGAUCCCAGUCUUAACUGUGUGUGUGAAUUCAGAAAACUAUGUGGCCCUCGAGAUCCGGAUCUAUGUCGUCAAUUGUAUCCAGAUUCCAUAAGAGCUCAAUAUGGGAAGACUAUAGUACAUAAUGCUGUCCACUGUACUGAUUUGCCUGAAGAUGGUGAAAAUGAAGUAGAAUACUUCUUCAAACUUCUAGCCAAUGAUUGA